AUGGGCGACCCCAGCGAGACAGCAAGCAGCAAUCCCGCUACCGAACACGUCGGGGACAAGUACGAAGUGCCAGCUUUCGAGCCACAUUCAUCGUUCGACAGCCUGAAGCAAAGGAUCCGGCACCACUAUGAGCUCGCCUCCGACUACUACUACUCCCUGUGGGGCCAACACAUCCACCACGGCUACUUCCUCGACGCCAACGAAACCAAAGAGGCAGCCCAAGUCAACCUGAUCGACCUCCUCCUGGAGAUCUCCCAGCUGUCACCCAACUCCACGGUGCUCGACGUUGGCUGCGGCAUAGGCGGCACAACCCGCCAUCUGGCCCGCCGAAAAGGAUGCACCGUAACCGGCAUCACCAUCAGCGGGCGCCAAGUCCAGAUCGCGAACCGGCUUACACAGGAGGAAACCACUAAAGAUCAAGAUCAAGAUCAAGACCGCAAGCCCGAAGGCCCACCGUCAGCGCCAUUUGCAUCAUCAGAGCCAGCGACCUCCUCCCCUCCCUCUCCUGGAUUUCACGCCCUAGGCAAGCUGGGCGGUAAAGUCCAAUAUCUCGAACUCGACGCCGAAACCAUGGACCAGCACUUCCCCCCGUCAUCCUUUGACGUCGUCUGGAUCUCCGAAGCCCUCUCCCACCUACCCGAUAAGGCUCUCUUCUUCCGCAACGCCGCCCGGGUGCUCAAACCGACGACGGGUAAACUCGUCAUAGCCGACUGGUUCAAGGACGCGGAUCUCACGCCCGAGCUGCGCGAGCGCGACAUCAAACCCAUCGAGGACGGCAUGUUGCUCCCUCCGCUGUCCUGCAUGGGGGACUAUGUCUCGAUGGCCGAGGCGGCGGGGUUGACCGUCUUCCAUCCGCCCAGGGACAUCUCGGCCCAAGUGGCCAGGACGUGGGAUAUCAGCUGGCAGCUGGUGAGUAGUCCGAGUUUGUGGGCCUUCGCCAUCAGCCAGGGAAGGGAUGGACUGGCCUUUCUGCAGGCGUUCCGGGCGAUGAGACGCGGGUACGCCGACGGGAGCUUUCGGUAUGGCGUUAUGUGUUUUCAGAAGGCAUGA